CGGCUGCUUAGGAGCAGGUCCCGACAGCGCAGCGAGUGCGCCUAAAUAUAGCUAUAGAGACAUAUACAUGUGAGGCUAUCCCGGCCAGGAUUAUUUUCCACACACCUUCCUCUGGGUGGGACCCGCAGCCGGCGCACAAAGAGCGGCUUUCUCUGCCCGGCGGGCGCUUGGAGACGGUGAGCGUCUGUAGGCGGGAGUAGCCGGAGACGCUCCGAAGGCGGUGAUCUUGUCCAGGGGACCGAAGGCUUUUUUUUUCCCCCCCCCCCCUCCUCCUCUGCGCCGCUUCUGCAAAGGCUGCCUGUCGUAGGGCCGAUCCUCGCUCAUGGCUCACGGGAAAGCAAAGGAAGGGGAUGGCAACUGGAAGAAAUUUAUCUGGAAUUCAGAGAAGAAGGAAUUUCUAGGAAGGACCGGAGGCAGUUGGUUUAAGAUCUUGCUCUUCUAUGUGAUCUUCUACGGCUGCCUGGCAGGGAUCUUCGUUGGGACCAUCCAAGUCAUGCUGCUCACAGUCAGUGAAUUCGAGCCCAAGUAUCAGGACCGAGUAGCACCUCCAGGACUGUCAAAUAUUCCUCAGGUACUUAAAAUGGAAAUUUCCUUCGAUCCUGGUAACCCCACAACAUACGAAAAGUACGUCAAGCUCAUGGAGAACUUCCUGAAGCGUUAUGACUCGGAAAAUCAGAAAGACACAGAUACAGAUUUUGAUUCUUGUCCAGUUGUCCCAAGUGGAUAUAUAGAAAGAGGUAAAUAUGAUGAGAGUGCGGGCACAAAGAAAUCAUGCCGAUUCCACCGUACCUGGUUGGAGAACUGCUCUGGAUUAAAUGAUACUACUUUUGGUUACAAAGAUGGCAAGCCAUGCAUCAUCAUCAAGUUCAACAGAGUCCUGGGAUUCAAACCCAAGCCACUACAAAAUGGUUCCGAAUCCCUCCCAGAGGAGUUGAAAGGACGAACCAAUCCUUUUCUCAUUCCUCUCCACUGUGCUGCUAAGAAAGAAGAAGAUAUUGACAAAAUUGGCAUUGUGGAAUACUACGGCAUGGGCGGCUUUGCUGGUUUUCCUCUGCAAUACUACCCUUAUUAUGGCAAGCUCCUUCAGCCCAAAUACCUCCAGCCCCUUGUAGCAGUGCAGUUCAUGAACAUAACCCAGGACGUGGGGGGGGUGCGUAUCGAAUGCAAGGUCUAUGGUGAGAACAUCUACUACAGUGACAAAGACCGUUUCCAGGGACGUUUUGACGUGAAAUUUGACAUAAAAAGAAGCUGAUCACAGGCAUAGC